AUGGAAAUGAUUCCUAAUUUUGAUGUUCAAAAGGUUCUUCAAAUAAGUUACGACUUUCUUGAUGGUGAUUAUCCGAAGAACUUAUUCCUUGAUAUCGCAUGUUUCUUCAAUGGAAUGGAUGUGGAUGAUGCAGUUAGGAUACUGGAUGGGCUCGAUAAAGGUGCAAGAUUUGGGAUUGACAAUCUCAUCGAUAGAUGUCUUGUUGAAAUCAACAGUGAUCGAAGGUUGUGGAUGCAUCAACUAGUAAGAGAUAUGGGUAGGGAAAUUGCUCGUCAAGAAUCACCCAAAUGUCAAAGAAUAUGGCAUCAUGGGGAUGCUUUUACAGUUUUGAAAGGAACUACUGAUGCUGAAAAAUUGCGUGGCCUUACCAUUGAUAUGCAUGCAUUAAUGGAAGAUCAUUAUGCAGAAGUUGUCUGUACUGAUUCAAUGGUUUGUCGCAAGCGCCGCAGGCUUAACUUCAUUCAACAAUGGCUUUCCGAUUUUUCCGAUGGGGGGAAAUUACAAACUGGCCAAACAAGUUUGUUUCCCAUCCUCAGCACGGAUGCUUUUAGAAAGAUGCCAGAUAUAAAAUUUCUCCAACUAAACUACACUAAAUUUCAUGGAAGUUUUGAGCACUUUCCCAAGAAUUUGAUAUGGUUAUGUUGGCAUGGAUUGUCUUGGAGCUCCAUACCAAAUCACAUAUGCUUGGAGAAGCUGGUGGUUCUUGAUCUAUCCAGAAGCUGUCUAGUUGAUGCUUGGAAGGGCAAACCGUUUCUUCCAAAAUUGAAAAUUCUUGAUCUCCGUCACUCUCGUGAUCUCAUUAGAACCCCAGACUUCUCGGGUCUCCCAGCCCUUGAAAAGCUAAUACUUGAAGACUGCAUCCGUUUGGUUCAAAUUCACGAAUCUAUUGGUGAUUUACAAAGAUUGUUGAUCUUAAAUCUAAGAAAUUGUACAAGUCUUAUGGAGCUUCCAGAAGAAAUGAGUAGAUUGAAUUCACUUCAAGAGCUGGUUUUAGAUGGUUGCUCAAAUCUUAACAGCCUGAAUAUGGAGCUAGAGCAUCAUCAGGGACGCAAGUUGCUUCAAAGUGAUGGAAUUGUUGCAAGUACAUCAUUCAUUUCAUCUCUUUCAUUGAAGCUAUUCUUUCCCUCUAGGUUUUCAACGAGAAAAAUGUUGAGAUUUACCUCGUUUUCACUGCCACGCUUCUUGGAGAGUCUAGAUUUAAGUGGAACUUCAAUUCGUUUUCUUCCGGAAAGCAUCAAGGAUCUUGGUCUACUCAGACACCUAUACUUAAAAAAUUGCAAAAUGCUUCAGGGACUCCCAGUGCUUCCAUCCUAUUUAGAUUCGUUAGAUAUGUCCUUUUGCUAUUCACUGCAAAGACCUGCAAAUCCAGAUCACUUAGUCAAGUUCCAAGAUCGGAUAAAGCAAGAAUUAAUCCAAAAGUUUGAGUCUCGCGUGUUCAGAAUAAUGGAAACUGUUAGUGCUCAAAUACAGAUAUCGAGAUUUCAGAUAAUAUUUAUGGAUGGCAUAUUCAACGUUGUCGUAUUUGUAUUUGAUGAAGAUGAGAUGUUAAGGAGGUUUGAUGAGGAGGAAGAAGAGGAUAAAUGGCUAAUUGAGAAUGAGUUUGUAGAGAACUUUUCAUUCAAAAUAUCCUCAUCACCUCUUGCGCACCGGAUAUGUGGCUUUAAUCUGUUCUUAAGUUGUGUGACGUCAGCAUACCGUGGCUUUAGUUAUGUUUAUAUUGAAAUCAGAAACAAUACCAGUGGCCAGUCCUUGCGUCGUCAAGUCCAUGUCUUUGAUAUGCGUUUCGAGGAUGAGGUUCGUGCAAUCCAAUCGCUAAGCCACUGGAAAUUAGGGGGCGAUGAUCCUACAUUUGAUAGUGGUGAUGACGUGACAAUUUCAAUGGUUGUCACGUCAGCUAUUCAAAUAAGGACCGUUGGUGUACAAUGGUUGCAUGAAGAGGAAGGAAAGGAUGAUGAUAUCCAAUCAAAGGAUGAAGUUAUCAAUGCCCACAACAGUAGCGAUGAUGAUGAUGAUGCAGCACACAUACCCAAAGUAGAAAUAGCUUCUCGUAUUUUUAGAAAUUAUUAUUGUGGUUACCAUGGUAAAUACAGUGCUCGCAAUUUCACUUAUUGGAAUUUUGCAAAGAAGGGUGUAUUAUUUCAACCGUAA